UCCGUCUUGUCCGACAAACAAUCAUGCAUGUUGCGCUACUGUAUAUACUGUGUCGUUCAUGCUAGAAGCGUUCUUUUAUGGUUCCUGUGUUAACCCUACUUGACAGGAAAUCACAAGAUCACAAAUGCCGCCAAAAAGAGGAAAAGUACAAAAGGAAGAGGUUCAAGUUUCUCUUGGACCGCAACUUCGUGAAGGAGAGGUAGUUUUUGGAGUGGCCCACAUCUUUGCCAGCUUUAACGAUACAUUUGUACACGUCACCGAUUUAUCGGGCAGGGAAACAAUCGCCAGAGUUACUGGUGGUAUGAAGGUGAAAGCAGAUCGUGAUGAAGCCUCUCCCUAUGCAGCUAUGCUUGCAGCUCAGGAUGUUGCAGAAAAGUGUAAAUCGCUAGGUAUCACAGCGCUGCACAUCAAACUAAGAGCUACGGGAGGUAAUAAGACAAAGACCCCUGGUCCUGGUGCACAAUCUGCUUUGCGUGCUUUAGCCCGUUCGAGCAUGAAAAUUGGACGUAUCGAAGAUGUGACUCCUAUUCCUUCAGAUUCUACCCGUAGGAAAGGUGGUCGCCGCGGACGUAGGCUCUAAGUCAUUAUGGCUUUCUAUAUCUCUUUUAUUAUCUUUCAAUAAAUAUUUAAAGAGAGAAA